CUCUGUUCCGCAGGAAUGUGGAAGGCGGCGGCCGCGGCGCUAGUGCCAAACUUUGGGGAAUGAUAGCGGGCGCUGUAUGGGAGCCGCUGUUUGAGGGAAGUAUCAUCGUUGGACGGCCUGCAGUAGCAAUUUGCACGUUUUCAGAAAACCACCUGAGACUGGAGAGCUUGGAUUUGAGCGGCAUUUAAAAAGAAAAUACGGCUUUAACACAAUAUUUAAGCCAUGUCGGAGGACCUGAGCUCCCAACCCUGGUCCAUUAACAAGGAUGACUAUGAACUACAGGAGGUCAUUGGAAGCGGAGCCACAGCAGUCGUCCAGGCCGCUUACUGCGUUCCCCGCAAGGAGAAGGUCGCCAUCAAACGCAUCAACCUGGAGAAAUGCCAGACCAGCAUGGACGAGCUCCUGAAAGAGAUUCAGGCCAUGAGCCAGUGCCACCAUCCUAACAUCGUGUCAUACUACACCUCCUUCGUAGUGAAAGACGAGUUGUGGCUGGUGAUGAAGCUUCUCAGUGGUGGCUCUGUGCUGGACGUGAUCAAACACAUCAUCUCACGAGGUGAGCACAAAACUGGAGUGCUGGAUGAGCCUAGUAUAGCCACCAUACUGAAAGAGGUUUUACAAGGACUCGAGUACUUGCACAAAAACGGGCAGAUUCACAGGGAUCUGAAGGCUGGAAACAUCCUGCUGGGGGAAGACGGCUCUGUUCAGAUCGCAGAUUUCGGCGUAAGUGCCUUCUUAUCCACCGGCGGUGACAUCACCAGGAAUAAAGUGCGCAAGACGUUUGUUGGGACGCCAUGCUGGAUGGCUCCCGAAGUCAUGGAGCAGGUAAAGGGUUAUGACUUUAAAGCAGAUAUUUGGAGUUUUGGGAUUACAGCCAUCGAAUUGGCCACAGGAGCUGCUCCCUACCACAAAUACCCUCCUAUGAAAGUAUUGAUGCUGACCCUGCAGAACGAUCCUCCUUCCCUGGAGACGGGCAUCACGGAUAAAGAAGUGGUAAAGAAAUACGGCAAAUCCUUCAGGAAGAUGAUCUCGCUGUGUUUGCAGAAGGACCCAGAGAAAAGGCCAACAUCAUCGGAGCUCUUAAAACACAAGUUCUUCCAGAAAGCGAAGAAUAAUGAAUUUCUACAAGAGAAGUUAAUACAGAGGGCACCCACAAUAUCAGAAAGGUCAAAAAAGGUGAGGCGGGUUCCCGGCUCCAGCGGCAGGCUGCAUAAAACAGAAGAUGGCGAAUGGGAAUGGAGCGAUGACGAGUUGGACGAGGAGAGCGAGGAGGGCAAAGCUGCCGUCGCUGCUUUACGGGAGCAGCUGCCCAAGUCGGUUAGCGCACCACGGCGACAAGUUCGCUUCUCUCAGCCUUUGGAAGUUCCUCCAGAUAGGUCACCAAGAGUAAAGGAGGGCACUCAGAACUCAGAGCAGCUUUUCCAGCCAGCGGAGCCCUUCGGCAGUCACCUCCAGGCAGGUGUUCCUGCCCAUCCCGAUUUACCUCAGUCUGGUGGGCAGGCCGUGCCGCCCUCACAGAGCCCGCCUGCUCCUGCUAACCCCGCCCAGGUCCCUGUCCCUACUCCGGCCCCGGCCCCGGCCCCAGCUCCAGCUCCGGCCCCUGCCACUGCCAGCGAUGCCUCCAAGUCGCCCAUCAGCCUGGUGUUGAGGUUGAGAAACCUGAAGAAGGAGCUCAACGACAUACGAUUUGAGUUUAUGCCUGGACGAGACACGGCGGACGGGGUGUCCCAGGAGCUGGUGUCGGCGGGUCUGGUAGAUGGGAGGGAUUUAGUUAUAGUUGCUGCUAAUCUGCAGAAGAUAGUCGACGAGCCUCAAGCCAAUAAAAAUGUCACUUUUAAGCUGGCAUCUGGCGUUGAAGGCUCAGAGAUUCCUGACGACGUCAAACUCAUGGGAUUUGCUCAGCUCAGUAUCAGUUAAAGUUUGCCUCCAUUCGGGGACCAUGACUUGCCUAAAAAUGUGAAAAACAAACACAAAACAACAAAAAAAAAAACCACCACCACACCAAUAGAAUGACACAUUCAUCCCCUGCCAACCGUUUGAGAUACCACUUCUGCCAAAGAAAACCGUACCGUGUCGUGAGCCCAUAGGAUUUAACCGAAAACCUCCCAGCUGUGGAAGGCACUGGGGUGAAAGGAUGAGAUCAGAAUCUAUAGGAAACAGUCAACUAAAGUUUACAGUGUAUAUGUAGAAGGAUGUUUUUUUUUUUUCCCCUCAACAUCAACCACAUUGUGUUCAUUUCCAUUUUUCUGUUUCCUCCUGUAAUAUACGUCCCGACAUUUGCACAAUCUGAACUAACGCCCUAAAAUGUUGAUUAAUGUAACAAUGCCUUAUAUUCAAGAGCUACUGAAUGCAUGUCUAAGGAGAAAGUCCUCAUGAACUGUGGAGUUUUUCAAGAAAAACUAUUCUAGCCAAACUUUUUACAUGUAGUUCCUUUUUUUUUUUUUUUUUUUUUUUUUUUAAUGGUCUCUGGUCUGAAGGAAACAGCUAGCACACUUCAACUGAAAUGAGUGCCCUACUCCAGCACACUUAGCCUUAUCAUGACCAGACGAAUCUGCGAAUCUGCUUUCAGAAGGUUCUCGUGAAUCACUGAUGUUCUUAGGCACUUUUUUUUUUUUUGCAUUCUCAGCUGCUGUACAGAAUUCCUUGUCUGCGUGAUGCACUGGUUAUUAUCGCAAUGCAAACAUUCUGCUGUUUAGCAGCCCGCGUACACGAGUGGGUGCACACAGAAGACACACUUGUACCUAAUCAGGGGUGGACAAAUCAUAAAUUUAUUGAGUAAACUCACCGGGCAAGUGGACAUUCCAGUGUGCUUUUAGUUGCCCGGAAACUGACUAGACUAAGUAAAGAAACAAAUGAGUGCAUGAUUAUUCUACUAUUCUAACAAAGUUUCUAAUGUAGCAUGUCGUGUUUGCGACUUCAGUUAAAAGUCAGUCAUUGGCCAGUGUUUCAGCUGUGUGAUUCUCCCAUUGCGAAUAAAAGAUAUUCAAGUCUCGCUAGCUGGGCGCUGCACUUUAUCCAACUGGAAAAAUUGUUGUCCUGGCAACUAGAUCACUUGUCAGGUUGUGUGUUUAGUGCAGCAGGCGGUGGGACACUUACAGCAUCGAGGAGCAUCUCACCACCGCAUCAGCUUUAAACAUAGCUACAUACUAAAUACAAAUGUUUGUUUUGCUAAAGUCAGAAAGAAAUAGGGGUUUUUCUUUUUCGGGUUGUUGAAACUACUUGUCUGCCAGGCAACUACAAAUAAAGAAGUAAUAGCCUGGUUACAAAUCCUGCUUGUCCCGGGCACCCAGGCUACUGAUUUGUCCACCUCUGGUAAUGAAUUUAUUGAGUUAAUUAGGCACUGGCAUGAUUCUCUCUCUCUCUCUCUCUCUCUCUCUCUCUCUCUCUCUCUCUGCAAUCAUUGAAGAAAAUUAAAAAAAAAAAAAACCUUUUCGGUUUUAAAUAUUCCCAUCUGAAAAUUUUAGGGUUUUAGGUCCUUUUUGUGUACAGUCCUGUGUGGAAAUGUAAGUUAAAAAAAAAAAAAAAAAAAAAAUCACUUUUUCCCGACCAUAUUACACAUCUUUGAGACUCACUAUUCAGUGAAAAUUUAAGUUAUUGGUUUUAUACCAUGAACGAUGUUCCUUGUGGAUGAAAAACAAAACAAAAACACGUGUCUGUCUUUCUGGUGUUACCGGCGUCUGUCGUUUUCUUCUUUUUCUUUUUCCCACUGAUGUGGCUGAACCAGUACUUGAUUGAAUCUUCUCUUGCCUGUAAAUAACAUGAUUUGGGUUUUAUAUUGGUUGUUUCACUCAUUUGCCUUCCCCUCCACUCACCCCCCCUCCUCCCCCCUUCCCACUAUCCCCUCCUUCUUUAACGAAUGCGGUUUGUGGGGCGUGACGCCAGGCUGCCAAAGCACACUGAGCUCUUUAGCUCUUCUGUUCUCGCCCUCUAAAUCCUGAUUGGAGCAUACAUAGCCGUUUCCUUUUCCGUGUGGAGGAGGUCUGUCUGAUUUAUAACCCCCGCCCCACUGAAUGUAUCGCAUAGUUCACGCCCACAGUAGCAGGAUAGUGAUAAGCCGCUCGACUUGCUUUAACACGUAAAGAUCGAAAAGCUCGAGCUUUUUCAUGCAUAUCAGUCUCUCGUUUCCAGUUAUCUGCGUAUACAGCUGCUUUUAUUCACUCCUGAAAACCUGAAAUGUAAUAGUGUUCACUAUAAUUACUGGUAAGAAUUUGAAAGAUUACACAAGACUGCUGUCAUCUGCCUUCGAUCAGCCAUAACAAUGCUGAGGCUCACGUGACUCAUGUUAACACUGGGAAAGUGGAGGGUUUUUCAUACACUUACAUGAAGAUUGGAACAUGUUUUUCAGUUUGAAGCAGCCUUCACUUCUGAUUUUCUACCAUCUGUGCAUCAGUUUUGGGCAGAAAUCCAGUAUUUCUGUGGUAUUCCUAUUUAUAGUACGAGUUUCCUAGUAAUGGCCUUGUUAAUUCUUUUACCUUUGAUGAGCAUAAUUCACUCUCAAUCACUCCAGGCACUUAAAAUGUUAGAUAUAAUCAAAUAAAUCAAAUGUAAUAUUGAAUUAUUGAAUAUUUAGAAUCAAGUACCCUUGUAUGCUGAUGUCAUGAAUUCCAUUAAGAAAUAUGAAAUAAAAUCUUUAAAAAAAAAAACAAAAAAAAAACCUUUAUUGUGCCAUUCACCAGCAUUAUUAAAAUAUUGAGAAAAAAUUCAUUGAUGAUCACGUCGUCCCCUAUUUUGCUGUAAACCUCACACAUCCAUCCCAUCUUUUCUUUUGCUGAAAUGUAUUAUAGCAAUGCUGUAGUGUUUGGACAGACGACCUUCACACUCAGAUUAUUACAGGCAAUAACAUCCAACUGUAAGAUAUUUAAUUUUUGCGUUAGGUUUUUAUUUUCAUUUCGCUCAUUCGCACUCUUGUUGGUUUUGAACUUGGAUGCAUGUUUCUCUGAUUAUUUUAAAAAUCAAUAAAGAAUGAACAUAUCA